AUGUCUCAAUUUACUGUGGAUUAUUUUAUGUGGCACUUUUUUGGAAGACGCAUUGAAGACUGCAAUCAGGACUCGUUAAAGCUUUACAAAUCUUAUUUUUAUUAUCAUCAAAAGCCUUGGAAUCUCGCUCUUUUUGUGGAGUCAUUUUUAAAUCGAGAUGAAAUCAAUUUACUCAAUUUAUCAAAAAUCCCAACCCUUGUAAUUGUUGGAAAUAAUUCUGCAUUUAUUGAUGAAUCUGUUUAUUUCAAUUCGCAAUUAGACCCGAAAAUGACUGAAUGGUUAAAGGUUUCCGACAGUUCUGGAUUAGUUUUGGAAGACAGACCUGCAGAAGUUGUCCAAGCCUUUCUUUUAUUUAUUCAAGGACAAGGAUUGUGUUAUGAUUUGGACAUUAACAAAAUUGUGUCUUCUUUAAAAGGCGAAAUGCAAAGCAUAAAUAAACCGAAUAAUCGAAUUUUGACUAUGGAAAAAAGCUUUAUUCAAAUGGACGCGUCUUUUGAUCAAUUUGGAGGUUAUGGAUGGGGAGAACAAUCUGGAGGAGGUGGAGGUGGACAAGAUUUUAACAUUCCGACACCAUUUCAAAAAAGCCACAUAACUGAUAAAAUUCCAAUCCCAGCAAUUGUUGAAGAUUUGUUGACAAUGUCUAAUGAUGAGGAAAAGUAUGUGAUUGGUGGAUAUUCGUUCAAUACGGUCAAAAUUAUGGGCAGGAUUGUGAGUGUGUUUACCGAUUCAAAUCAAUGUACUACCUACGAAAUCUGUGACGGAAUGGCUGGUGAUCAACGCGUAGCUAAACGUUUUACGGUUAUUCGUUAUGGAGGAACUGAUUUGCAACCAAAUAUGGAGCAAGUCUUUUCUGAGGGUCAAACAGUUCAGGCUGUUGGAAAACUUCGACUGUUCAAUAACCGCCUCAGUCUUGUCAGUUUUCACAUUCGGGACGUUUCAAUGGAAGAAGUUGAAAUUUAUAAAAUGGAGUGUAAACUUGCUAAAUAUUACUUUUCUAAGAAUUUACCUGAAAAUUCCAACGGAUUAGAAGACACAAUUUUCCGCAAUGCACAAACAUUGCCUCGUCCAGGAAUGUCAUCUCAAACCACAACAACUCCAGGUCGUUCAACUACAAAUAUGUCAACUUCAAUCACUCCAAAUCGUCAACAACAACCAUCAAAACAAUCUAAUCAAUAUGCCAAUUUAUCACAACAACAAGCCAAGAUAAUGGACUUUAUCAAACGCUUUGGAGAUGCAAAUAAAGUGAGAAUGAAAGUGUGGGUUCGAGGUUCCUUUGGAAUUAAGAUGGAUUGAUAACUAAGGAGUUUGGGGUUGAGCAAAUGAUUGGUGAAGCGUUCACCAGUAUAGCCUACCUGGCGAUUCGCUGUCGCCUGAAAUGGCCUAGAAAUAGUAGG